GCACUACUACCAAACGUGUUUGUAAACAAACCAUAGGCCAACCUGACGUUGCAAGAUGACUGAAGAAAUUGAUAAGUUUCCAUCAGUGGUAGAGUUGAAUGUUGGUGGAAGACAUUUUACAACUAGUCUCCUCACCCUGACCAAAUCUGAAGGCACUAUGCUGUCAGCCAUGUUUAGCGGUAGCUAUAAUGUCAAGAAGGACAAAAAUGGCCGAUAUUUCAUCGAUGCUGAUGGUGACACUUUUGUACACGUGUUGAAUUAUCUAAGAUAUGGCGAGCUUCCGCCAGCACAACACGUCCAGUCUGUCUACCGCGACGCUGUUUACUUUGGACUCCAUGGAUUGUCAGAACAAUUGGAACGUUAUCCUAGCAUGCUUUCCAAAAUUCAACGUGACGCAUAUCGAACACAAUUCCCUGGCUACCAAGAUGUACUGGUGAAGAUCAUAGAUACUGUCACCGACUCCAACAAAAAGAUCAUUGAUACUACUUCAGAUAUUUUCAUUGUAUUGUUUUCUAAAGUAAAAAAAAACAAAUUACCAAAUUUUGAUAAAAAUCAUGUGUGUGCUUACAAACCAAAAAAUCGAGAGAACAAGCAUGCUGAUGUUUCCCUGGGCCCAUGGGAUGUCCCCACCAAAGAGAAAGACGUCAUGAACUGUAUAAAUUUUGACCUCAAAGAGCAGGGAUUUGUUGUAACCCACGACUCCCUUGGACAGUGCAAUUACAUGUGUGAAAAAAUCCCAGGAUCACCCGGUCAACUAUUAGUAGAAAACUGUCGUUAUGCCAUGUUCAGAGUCACGUUUCAUUGGUGGAAAAUGUAAUAUUUGUCCGUGAACAAUCUGUGGUCACAAGAUUUAGAAAUUGACAUAUGUACAUUGUGAUAAUACAAUACUGUAAUAUAUUUAUUUUUUUAUAUAUUUCAGCUUAUAUACAUACAGUUAAUCAUUUACAGAGUUUAUGGAGGGGUUUAUAUGGAGGAAGGUGACAGGGAGGGAUUUAUAAUGGGAGUUCAGGGCAUUACAUUAGGGAGCUCAGAAAGGGGUUUAUCUAGAGGUCAUCAUAAUGAAGGGGUUUCUGUAAGGGGUCAGAGAGGGUCUUUAAUAGGGGGUUCAUGCAUUGGUUUAUAUAAGGAGUUCAGGCAGGGUUUUCUGUAGGUAGUCAGGGAUGAGUUUAUAUAGGGGGUUCAGGGGGGGGGGGUGUUACAUUUGUUCAGGGAUGGAUUUUUACAGGAGGUUUGUUUUUUUGAGUGAUUUUACAUUCGCAUCACUACAAUGUAGUUCAGUUAUCCAGUAGACGAUAUAUAGUGGAGUCGGGAAGGAAUUAUGAGGGUGGGGUCCAGGUAGAAAGUUCAGCGACUGGUUUACUGUAGAUUGUUUUAUUAACCUCAUUCUCUACCAGUUGUAAGGUAAAAUUGGUCUUUGUUAAUCCGAUACGGGUGGAGUUAACUGUACAUGGGUAGAUUGUUAUAUUGACAUCAAUCUCUACAAGGUUGGUCUUUGUUCAUCCGAUACCUAUUGUACAAGGGUGGAGUUAACUGUACAUGGGUAGAUUGUUAUAUUGACAUGAAUCUCUACAAGGUUGGUCUUAGUUCAUCUGAUACCUACUGUCCAAGGGUGGAGUUAACUGUACACGGGUAGAUUGUUAUAUUGACAUCAAUUUCUACAAGGUUGGUCUUUGUUCAUCUGAUGCCUACUGUACAAGGGUGGAGUUAACUGUA